AUGUCACUUUCUCUCUUAAAAAUAUUUUUUUCUGUUUCAAAAAUUCAAAAUAGAAGGGCUUGUUCACUUCUCUUUAAUUCAAAAAAUUUACUUUUCAAUAGAAACAUUUCUUUAAAAAAUGUGAGAAAUAUAAAAACAAAAAAAGAAUUUGAUGACAAUUUAUUUGAGGAAUUAUAUGGAUUUAAAUUCAAGAAACAAUUAAAUCGUGAAGAAAUUAAACAAAAAAUAUUAGAAAUAAUUAAAAGACAACCUUCAAUAAAUCAAGAAUUAAUUAAAGAAAAGGGUCUUAAUGCAUGGUUUACAUCUCUGGGAAUUAAUAAUUCAAAAAGGAAGGUUAGAUAUUUUGGUAAUUUAUUAAUAUCCCCCAUCCCUUUCAUUCUUUCCGUCACACGUUAUAAGUAA